AUGUUCUGCUCUCGAGUUUCUUUCAAGGUUUCCAACCUAUCCAAAGUCACAGUCAAACUCGCAGGCCAAAUCCAAUCUCAUCAAAAAUCUAAAAUUCCAAAAGUUACUGACAAAACAGUGUGGAUCAAUGUCAUUGAUCAAGAAGGAAAUAAGCGUGUAAUCCCAGGCUACGAAGGCGAGUCAAUGAUGUACGCUUUGCAGAAAAACAAUGUCCCCAUACCUUGCAGCUGUAGAGGAGGAGACUUGCAUGCUCCAGAAACUGAAAAUCCUCCAGAUAAUAUGAGAUAUGGUGCUGUUUGCAGUGAAUGCCAAGUCGUGGUUUUCGAGCCUUGGGUGAAUUAUUUGAAAGACAUUGGAAAAACUGAGUACAACCAGCUCGUGAGGGCAAUAGGGUUUGUUUCUCCACAUUCUAGACUCUCUUGCUGCAUUGCUUUGGAGAAGUGGAUGAAUGGGAUUGAAUUAGCAAUUCCUUAUGUCCCAAUCGUCCAUCACAAGAAAGCUUUGGAUGUUCCAUGGCCAGUGGGAUCAAACAGGAUAUUUUAG